CAGGGAUGAACUGGUCAGCACUAGAGAGCCUACUCAGCGGGGUCAACAAGUACUCCACCGUGUUUGGCCGUGUGUGGCUGUCCAUGGUGUUUGUGUUCCGUGUCAUGGUGUUCGUGGUUGCCGCCCAGCGUGUGUGGGGAGACGAGAGCAAGGACUUUGUGUGCAACACCAGGCAGCCCGGCUGCACCAACGUCUGUUACGACAGCAUCUUCCCCAUCUCACACAUCCGCCUGUGGGCCCUCCAGCUCAUCUUCGUCACCUGUCCAUCUCUCAUGGUCAUGGCUCACGUCAAGUAUCGCGAGGGGAAGGAUUCAAAGUAUGCUUCCCAGCACCAGGGCUCUCACCUGUACGCCAACCCAGGGAAGAAACGUGGAGGCCUGUGGUGGACCUACCUGGUCAGCCUGAUCUUCAAGGCCGUGGUUGACGCAGCCUUCCUUUACAUUCUCUACUAUAUCUACCAUGGCUAUGACAUGCCACGUCUCUCCAAGUGUGCCCUGGAGCCUUGCCCAAACACAGUGGACUGCUACAUAUCCAGGCCCACGGAAAAGAAGAUCUUCACCAUCUUCAUGGUGGUCUCCUCAGCCGUCUGCAUCUUCAUGUGCAUCCUGGAGAUGUUCUAUCUGUUGGGCAAGCGGUUACAAAAGGUGUUCAAAGUACGGCAGGCCAACAAGAGACUUCUCUUUGCUGAGUGCCAUGAGGUGACCAACAUCGCUCCGCCGAGAUCAUUGUAUGUCAGGGUAGAUCCAACUAUUGGGAGCCAGUAGAACAUCAGCAGACAGAAGAAGGCAGAGGAGGCUGCUGCCACAAGUCUGUAGUCCUGAUCUGUUUGAUUUUGGUGCAUAUAGCACUGACUUUGCUGAGAGCUACUUUACUGAGGAAAAGUGUACUUAGAUAUGUGGUUGUCCCACCUAGCUAUCUAAAGAUGAAUGUAAAUCGCUCUGGAUAAGAGCGUCUGCUAAAUGACUAAAAUGUAAAUCCAUAUUGCACUGACUUUGGGGGUAGCUACUUUAUGGAGGAAAAAUAUACUUACUAUGACUGAGACAUAUGGUUGUCACACCUAGAUAUAUUAAGAUGAAUGCACUAACUGUACAUUUUGCUCUAUACUGGAGCAUUUUGGAUUUGAGAUCAAGUAUUUUAUAUGAAGCGACAGUACAGAAUGUACCGCUUAGAAAUGAAAGCUCUUUAUAUAUCUAGUCCCUCCGUUUGAAGACGUCAUAAGUAUUUGGACAAAUUCACUUAUAGUGUAUUAAAGUAGUCAAAAGUUUAGUAUUUGGUCCCAUAUUACCAGCAGGCAAUGACUACAUCAAGCUUGUUGGAUGCAUUUGCAGUUUGUUUUGGUUGUGUGUUAUGUUUUUCCCAAUAGAUACUUAAUAGUCAAUUAUAAUUGUAUUUCUAAGUGAGUAAAGGAGAUGUUUCUGAACAUUUCUAAAUGAAUCUUGAUAAUGCAAUGAUUAACAAAAAUCAUGAAUGAAUCAUGAAAAUUUACAGGUGAGAAAAUUACAGAGGCUAUACAAAACAUGCUAACUACUUACCAUUCCCAAGAUGAAAUCAAAUCAAAUAUUAUUUGUCACAUGCUUCGUAAACAACAGGUGUAGACUAACAGUGAAAUUCUUACUUACAGGCCCUUCCCAACAAUGCAGAGAGAAAAAUAAAUAAAAAUAAUAACACAAGGAAUAAAUACACAAUGAGUAACAAUAACUUUAUAUACACGGGGUACCAGUAGCAAGUCGAUGUGCAGGGGUACGGGGUUAUUGUUGGAGAUAUGUACAUACUGUAUAGGUAGGGGUGAAGUAACUAGGCAACAGGAUAGAUAAUAAACAGUAGCAGCAGCAUAUGUGAUGAGUCAAAAGAGUUAGUGCAAAGAGGGUCAAUGCAGUCCGGGUAGCUAUUUGGUUAACUAUUUAGUAGUCUUAUGGCUUAGGGGUAGAAGCUGUUCAGGGUCCUAUUGGUUCCAGACUUGGUGCAUCGGUACCAUUUGUCAUGUGGUAGCAGAGAGAACAGUCUAUGGCUUGGGUGGCUGGAGUCUUUGACGAUUUAUAGGGCCUUCCUCUGACACCGUUCGGUAUAGAGGUCCUGGAUGGCAGAGAGCUUGGCUCCAGUUUUGUACCUGGCCAUACGCACUACCCUCUGUAAUGACUUGCAUUUAGAUGACAAGCAGGAUACUUCACAAUUCAUUCAUGAUUAUAGAUAACCAUGGUAGCAUCCAUAUUAAUGUAAAAGUGACACUAAAAUGGCACAAGACAUUAUACACCAUUCAGUUCCUAUUGGGCAAAACACAAUCCAAAACAAACUGCAAAUGCACAGGUCGGAUUAAUGCAGGGGCUUACUGGCGCUGUAGCCCCUUGGCCCAGGCACGAGGCAGCAAUUAAAAAAUAUAUAUAUAUAUAUAUAUAUUUAUAUGGCCUGAUGACUCUUUGCUGUCCCCAGUCCACCUGGUCGUGCUGCUGCUCCAGUUUCAACUGUUCUGCCUGCGGCUAUGGAACUCUGACCUGUUCACCGGACAUGCUACCUGUCCCAGACCUGCUGUUUUCAACUCUCCAGAGACAGCAGGAGCGGUAGAGAUACUCUGAAUGAUCGGCUAUGAAAAGCCAACUGACAUUUACUCCUGAGGUGCUGGCCUGUUGCACCCUCUACAACCACUGUGAUUAUUAUUAUUUGACCCUGCUGGUCAUCUAUGAACAUUUGAACAUCUUGGCCAUGUUCUGUUAUAAUCUCCACAGCCAGAAGAGGUCUGGCCACCCCUCAGCCUGGUUCCUCUCUUGGUUUCUUCCUAGGUUCUGGCCUUUCUAGGGAGUUUUUCCUAGCCACCGUGCUUCUACACCUGAAUUGCUUGCUGCUCGAGGUUUUAGGCUGGGUUUCUGUACAGCACUUUGUGACAUCAGCUGAUGUAAGAAGGGCUUUAUAAAUACAUUUGAUUGACUUACGUUUUUGAUUUUAUUAUAAUGUAAUUUUUUUCCAACCACAGAAGCCCGCUCUAAAUGUUCAAAAUAUAAUUUAGACCCAGACGAUCAAUAGUUUAUAAAAAAUUUUUUUAUCACAAGCACAUACUGCACACACAUACAUCUGCCAAAAUUAAGGAAACACCAACAUAAAGUGUCAGGAAGGCUGCAGUUUGGGCAGCAAGUGCGCCAAAUACAGGCUACAGCUUGUUGCGUUGUGGCCCUAAACAUAUAAUCCAUAGAAGGUUUUGUAACCCCGGGGCCUAUGAUUUCUUAAUCCGGUCCUGCAAAUGCAUUCAACAAGUUUGUUGUCACAAGCUUGAUGUAGUUAUAGUGUGCAAUGAAUAUGGGACCAAAUACUAAACUUUUGACUACUUGAAUACACUUUAAGUGAAUUUGUCCAAAUACGUAUGACAUCUUCAAAUGGGGGGACUACUGUGGGUACAUAAAGUGCUGUCACGAUCGUGUGGAGGAUUGAUGGACCAAAACGCAGCUUUAGGAAAAUAAGCCAUCUUCUUUUAUUUUAAAAGAUGACGAAAAAUAAACACGAAACACUUUAACAAAACGAACAAAACAACAAACGACCGUGAAGCUAAAUAACGUUGUGCACUUACACACACAUGCUACAAACGUUCUGACAUAGACAAUUACUCACAACCAAUGAGAGCCUAUGGCUACCCUAAAUAAGGCUCCCAAUCAGAGACAACCGAAAUCAGCUGUCUCUAAUUGGGAACUCAUUCAGGUAACCAUAGACUCUCCUAGAUAACUAAACAUACAUAGACAACGCUAGACAUCUGAACUCAACACAAACCCAUAUACUACACCCCAUAACCCCUUUACCAUAGAAACACCCAAAACCAACAAAACAUAAACAUUCCCCAUGUCACACCCUGACCGAACUAAAAUAAUAAAGAAAACAAAGAAUACUAAGGCCAGGGCGUGACAUAACCCCCCCCUUAAGGUGCGAACUCCGGGCGCACCAUUACACAGUCUAGGGGAGGGUCUGGGUGGGCUUCCAUCCACGGUGGCGGCUCCGGCUCAGGUUGUGGUCCCCACAGUCCCUAACCACCUCCUAGGCUUCCUCCAAAUGACCCCCCUCCACAUUAACCCCAUUGCAUUAAGGGGCAGCUUCGGACUGAGGAAU